AUGAAGGCCACAGUCGGCUCCAAGACAGGAAGCGCAAGACCAACGAGCUUAGAGAUUCCGGCUAAACAGUCAUCAUGUUGCCACGCUUCACAUCCAGCAAGCAAAGAUGUCCCGCCCCCCGAUGCUGGAUUCAGACCUUGGCUGCAGGUUGUUGCCGGUUUCAUUCUCAUGUUCAACGCCUGGGGUGUUGUCGUUUCAUAUGGAGCUUUUCAGACUUUCUAUACCUCCUCUAGAGGCCUCACGGAUGAAAGCGAAUCAGUAAUAGCAUGGAUUGGCUCAGCUCAGAAUUUUCUGCUGCUCUUCGGUGGUGCGCUCGGUGGCAAGUAUUUUGACGCUGGAUACUACCGCCAAAUGCUUUAUGCUGGAACCUUUCUGGUUGUGUUUGGACUCAUGAUGACUAGCCUGGCGACACAGUAUUAUCAAGCUCUCCUUGCGCAGGGGUUCUGCGUGGGUCUAGGUCUAGGUCUACUGCUUGUUCCAUCGGUUGGACUGCCAAGUACCUGGUUUCAGAAGCGAAGAGGCCUCGCCGUGGGGAUCGUCUCAACAGGCGCAUCUUUCGCUGGAAUCACCUUUCCCGUAGCUCUCAGAAAGCUUAUCAUGCUCCCUGCUAUUGGAUUUGGCUGGGCAGUACGGGUUCUCGGGUUCACCUGCUUGGGUACCCUUUCUAUCAGCAUUGUUUUGGGUCGACCACGACUGCCGCCACGGCCCAGAGGUGCGAUUGUGGAGUACAAAGCACUGAAGCAGCUUGACUUUGCCUUCUAUGUCGCUGGUCAAUUUGUGACCUACCUGGGCUUCUUUACGUUCUAUAACUAUGUUGAGAACUGGGCUAUCAGCAUGGGUCUCGAUGACCGAGGCUUACCACUCAUGUACGUGCUGCCCAUUCUGAAUGCGGCAAGCAUACUUGGUCGUAGCCUACCCCCAUUCAUCGCUGACUACACCGGAGCACUCAACAUCCAAGUUCCGGCGACGUAUAUCACUGGUGUACUCCUCCUCGCAUGGAUUCCAGUCGACUCACUUGGGGCUACAAUAGCAUUGUCGACCCUAUACGGCUUCUCUUCUGGUGCUGCGCUUGCAAUAAUACCAACUGCUACGGCAUGUAUGACAAAAGACAUGCGGACGUUUGGCGGGCAGAUUGGUGUUGUGUUCGUAGCAAUGGCCGUCUCUACAUUGAUUGGAACACCGAUCGCUGGAGCAAUCAUACAAAGCAGCGGCUAUGACAGCGCUCGGAUAUGGGCAGGCGUGGUUGUACUGUGCGGCGCAACGUUAACCUUGAUUGCACGUUUAGUCAAAAGCGAGUGGAGGCUGUUGGCCAAACCAUUGCCACUGUUCGGACCCUUCCAACCGCCGCCUGUCGUUGACGCCUCGUCCGACAACAUCGAGUCUUUGGCCAACGAUUUCAGGAAGACCCUCAACAGCUACGUCGCGGAAUCAGAUGGAGUCUACGGGCCAAUCUCGAUCAACACCACGAGCUGUAGCCUUGCCCUGUCUGCUGGAUCGAAUUACGUCCCGAAAGAGAGCAAUCCACGCCCUUACUUCUUCGAGUACCACCAUUCAGCCUCCAACCUGGACGAAGACGACGCACAGGAUGCCGAGACCGAGUGGGCGAUUGGGGACUUGACGCAGAUCUUCACCACGAUUUCUCUGCUAGCCGGUGAGGGAGAUGAGGUAUGGGCAAGAAGCAUUACGGAGUAUCUGCCGGAACUGAAAGCGUCGAACGUCAAGGCCAUACCAGGCCGAGCAAUCGUUCAAGUAGCCUGGGAGGAUGUGACGCUUGGCGCGCUGGCUUCGCACAUGGCCGGCAUCGUGCGCGACUGCAAGUUCUCUCAGACAUUGAGACGAGCGGCUGAGGCUAAGGCGAGUCGACAGCAAUACUUGCAACAUCGACGAGCACUGCCCACGAAACAUCCUUCUUCAACAUCUAGCAGCUCUUCCGCCCAUCGAGCUCCCGGACACAACGCCCAUCUAUCCCCGCGCCGCCUUCGAGCCUCUCGCAAAGGCAAUGGAAGCACGCUAUAG